AUGGGAGUCCGUGAGAACGUGAAGAAGGUAAGGAAGGGUUCGGCUGAGACACGAGGGUGGGAAGUCAGGCAAUAUGAAAAAUUUAAAUCAAACACCCCAUCCCCCGCCAAAGAAACAACCCCUAGCCAGAAGAAGUACCGCGAGCGAGAGGAGCAAGGCAGGCGAGACAGCACGGGUGGGAGUACUUCUUGUCCGCUGUUAGCGGGCAGCAGGUCUGUACAGACCGAGCUCCUCGUCUUGCUGAGGGAGAGCGGACGCCGCAGACUGGAAUGCUUUGGGUCGUCAGCUGGCGUGAGGGUACCUGAGUCCCACAGGUUGAAAGAUGCCCAACAACUUGCAAAUGGAGAUAGAGGGUUUGAGAAUGUGGAGUUGGGUGUCAUAGGGAAGAAGAAGAAAAUUCCAAGGAGGGUUAUCCAUUUUGCAAGUGGAGAAACAAUGGAAGAAUAUAGCACAGAUGAAGAGGAAGAUGAACAAGAGAAAAAAGACCUGUUGCCACCUGUAGAUCCUACAACGCUCACGUGGGGGCCCUACUUGUGGUUUCACAUGCUGCGAGUUGCCACAUCAACCUUAUCAGUGUGUGAUUUUCUUGGGGAAAAGAUUGCAUCAGUUCUGGGGAUAAGCACACCAAAAUACCAGUAUGCCAUCGAUGAGUAUUACAGAAUGAAGAGAGAGGAGGAAGAGGAGGAACAGGAAAACAAGAUGUCAGAAGCAGCAGAAAGACAGCAUCAGGAACAGCAGAACAAGCCCCAGGCUGAAGCUCCUGUCCAGACAGACCAGCCUGAAGCCACAGCAUGCACGUCAUUCAUGAAUGUAAACUUUGAAAAUGAGGGAGAUUGCCAGUCCGCUGGGGAAAAUAAACAAGAUGUAGUUCCUGUCCCUCCUUAAGUGUAAAGUUCUGUGUGCUGUAGGAAAUAGGAAGUGUCAGGUGUCACAAUCUGGCUGUAAGAAGCAAGAAAAAUAGGAUUAUACUUGUUCAGUGAAACACAACUUCUAGCAUUCUUAUUGAUCAGGAGAGAGCUAGGCGAUGUCUGUUCAUGUGUCUGUCUGCCUGAUAAAGGCUCAGGCGCUCUGCCAAAGUGACACUUCAGUUGAGAUGAAAAUUGCACUACAAACAUUUGGUCUGAAAUUGAACGUGUGAGCUAAUUUCUGUGUAAAGCAAGUAAAAAUGUCUUCUCUUUGGAUUGCUGUGUCUCCCAACACCUGCAGGUUACAGAUGCAGUGCUGUUUCCUACUUCUGAACACCUACUUCUGAUUUGCACAUUGUUUGCAACUCAGCUCUCUAUGAAUAGAUUAAUAGGAAUCAGUAUCUUGUAACUCA